AUGAAUUUGCUAGUUUUCUGGAAUUGUAGAGGAGCCAAGAAAGUGGAGGCUGCUCUACAUCUAAAGGAGGUGAUUAAAGAUCACAAGGUGUUUUUUGUUGGUUUAAUGGAAACAAAGUUGAAUUCUUUGGAGAAUUCUCAAAUUCUAAAAUUCCUUGGUAACAACUGUGAGUCUUUUUUGGUUCCCUCUGAAGGCUUAUGUGGAGGUUUGAUGGUUCUAUGGAGAAAAGACUUGCUGUCUUUCACUAUGGUUGAAGUUUCAUCUCAAAUGAUACUAGGGAAACUGGAGGUUUUUACCAUAGGAAUAUGGAAGGUAACAACUGUGUAUGCGAACACUAAUGCCAUUGACAGGAAACUUCUUUGGGAAAGUUUAGAGAAACAUUGCUCGAAGGACUUGCCUACAGUGAUAGGUGGGGACUUCAACUGUGUUCUUUGUCAAGAUGAAAAGAGAGGUGGGAAAAAAAAUUUCUUGUCUCAAGGAGCUAAGGAUUUGAAGAAUUUCAUGAUCAACAAUGAUCUUCAUGAGGUGGGGUAUAUGGGGCCAAAAUUUACUUGGUGCAAUAAUAAAUUCGGUGGGGCUCAGAUUCUAGAGAAAUUGGAUAGAUGUCUUAUCCAUUCCACAGUUUUGAAUUCUAUCCAUCUUGCACUGGUGAAACAUUUAUCCCGUAUAGCAUCGGACCUUUGUCCUAUUUUAUUGGAAAUUUUCAAUCCUAUGGCAGUUUAUAGCAGAGAGAUCCGUUAUGAAGAAGUUUUGGCUACUUACCAUGGAGCAGAGGCGAUUGUGCAGAAAUCUUGGAGUAAAUAUGCAGGGAUUGAUCCGGCUUCAUCUCUUAAUGUAGAAAUACAGGAAAUCCAAUUGGAGGAAGUUGAAGCGAUUAUUUCUUUUGAAAAGUUGCAGAUUUUAAGAUUCAAAAUCAAUGAGCUCAAUGUCACUCUUGCACGCUUAAUACCUGGUGGAAGAAAAGAGCUAAAGCAAAAUGGAUGGAAGAAGCAUAGACAGUGUAUGUUGGAUGGCUGGCCUGAGCCUUCGACAGCCAUCAACGAAAUUGAUCAAUCAUUUAUGGAUGCAGAUUUCACAAGGGAGGAGGUUCAAGUUAUAGUGGAAAAAUCUGGGAGAAAUACUUCUCCUGGUUUGGACGGAAUUAGUUUUUCUUUCAUAAAGAUAUUUUGGAAAUGGAUUGCUGAUGAUGUUUGGCUAGCAGUAAGUCCGUUCUUGUCUGCUGGAGAUAUGCACCAGUCAUGGAAAGAAACUCUUAUUGUAUUGAUUCCCAAUAUUCAAAAUCCUCAAGCGGUCUCUAAUUAUCGGCCAAUCAGCUUAUGUAUGACCAUUUAUAAAAUUAUUGCAAAGAUGCUUUUGAGUAGAUUGGAGAAGGUUAUUCACAAGAUUAUUUCGGUGGACCAAGGUGCCUUUAUCAAAGGGCCUUCCUUGUCAGAUGAUGUACUGUUGGCACAAGAAGUUUUCAUUAAAUUUUGGUAUUCUAAAGCAAAGAAAGGUCUUCUGGCAAUCAAGCUUGACAUGGAACAAGCUUGUGAUAGUAUGGGAUGA